AUGGUUUUACUGGUCCUUACCGAACGUAUCCGAACCGCCAUUUGCCAGGCUUUGCAAUCUCCAGAUUUUGAUGAAUCGGCAAAGCAAAGGAUAAAGAAUUAUCUCAAAGCUAGCCCUUGCGUCCCUCUCGACCUCAUCAAGGAAGUUUCAAAGUUCUUGGUUAACCGCGACGGAAAGCUUGGCAAAGAAAUUG